CCAGUCACUACUGACUACUAUUCUCCUAUCCUUGUUCACUCUCUUAUCCUACAAUCUAUCCUCUCAUUUCCUCUCUUCAGUCCUAAACAAGAGAGAAAAAAUGGCAACAGCAACACUCUCAACCCUCAACCUUCCUUCUCUCUCCUCCCACUCUACUCCCUCCACCUUCCCUAAAAUCCCACAACCUCUCCAAUUCCCCUUCCGCAACAACAACCCACUUUCUCUCUCCUCAACUCGCACCACCCGUUUGCGCCCCAUUUCUGCCGUUGAGGCCCCUGAGAAAAUCGAACAACUGGGCACUCAGCUGUCCGGCCUCACUUUGGAAGAAGCCAGGGUUCUCGUCGACUGGCUCCAGGACAAGUUGGGUGUCUCAGCCGCAUCAUUCGCUCCUGCUGCUGUUGUCGCUGCUCCUGGUGCUCCUGGUGCCGAUGCUGCACCUGUUGUCGAGGAAAAGACUGAGUUUGAUGUCUCCAUCGAUGAAGUUCCUAGCAAUGCUAGAAUUGCUGUUAUUAAGGCUGUUAGGGUUUUGACUAGCCUCGGCCUUAAAGAGGCUAAAGAAUUGAUUGAGGGUUUGCCUAAGAAAUUGAAGGAAGGGGUUUCUAAAGAUGAUGCUGAAGAUGCUAAGAAGCAGCUUGAAGAGGCUGGUGCUAAGGUCUCCAUCGUUUAAUUUUACUUUUCUAAUCUUGGUAAAUGUUGGGGUAAAUCUUUUCUUCGAAUUUAGCUACUUUAAUAGAGAUAUUGGUUUAGAUGUAGUCAUUUUGUGAAUUUUUUAUUGUUGCUUUCAUGUGCUUUUGAGAAUUCAAAGGUUAAGAAUGGAAAAUUUAAACAUAAAA